AUGGCAAUCGAGGCUGCCUUCCCCACUACCUGUAGUUCUCUCGAACGCUGCAAGCUGACGGCUUCGCCGAUCGCGCUCGCGCCAACAUCCACUGCCUCCUGCACCAUUUCGCUCGCCGCCGCCAACCUCGCCGCCGCCAACCCCACCUACGUCUGGUGGGCCGCGCUCACGGCGGUCACAGCGUGCCACGCGCUCCUCUCGGUCCGCUUUGCUCGGAGGUCGGCGGGCGCCGUGCCGUCUUGGGCGCUUGGCUAUGUUGUCGUCUUCUCGGUCGCGGCCUUCGUCCGCAGUGCCUUCGUGGUGCGCUGGUCGUCGCGGCCGCACGCGUGCCUCUUUGACACACCAUGUGUGACUCGCCACUCGCGCAGCGCUCAGCACACCAGCGCUAAACCGACACGGCUCGCGCUCGCCUGUGUAGACCGCGUGCUCGGGAGCGACCUGUUCGACCGGCUCGUCGCCAACUGCGCGGAGGUGAGCUUCGGCGCGCUCAUCGCCGAAGUGAGCGGCUUCCACCUCGACAUACUCGGCCUGCGUUGGCUGCCUGCCGUGGCGCGGCUGUGUGCGUGGCCGAUCGUGCUCGCGCAGGCGUGUUGCUGGACGGGCGAGAUCUCGGACAACAAGCUGUGGCACGUGGCAGCCGCCGCCUCUCGCAGCUACCUCCUCGCCAUCGCCUUCCUCUCCGCAGCAUACGUCUACUUCAUGAUCGCUGUCGACAUCCCGAUGUACUACGCCCAGUGGCGGGCGGACGAGGCGCGCGGCGUCGAGUACGACUCGGCCGCCAAAGGCCUCGGCAGGAUGUGCCGCUGCCAGCACGUCGCCGACGACUGGCAGGGGUGGAGCGAGGACGCAACUUGGGAGGCGCUCUACUUUGGGGUGGGCCCUCUGCUCGCCAGCUGGGCAGCGCGCACCCUGACACACCCCGCUCGCACGGCACUCGCCGCCCGCUCUCCCCGCGAGAGCCGGCCGCCUCGUUCCGCGUAG